UUUCGACUUUGAACAGUGGCGAGGGCUCGCGCGGCUGAGCCUUGCAACCGGCUCAGGAGGCGUUGUAAUUCGUGAAAGACCAGAUAAGUACACCCCAAAAUACACUUCCAUCCUCUUUCACAAAUGCGUACAUCGAAUGGGCAACCUGAUGUUCCCAACGUUCAUGAAGCCGCUGCGGAAAAUAAUGGAAAACCAAAGGCAUAUAGCGCACUAUAUGCUCUUCAGUUGAGAGCCUUCAUAGAUGCUGCGGAGGAUGUGGACGUGGACCCAGAUACAAUUGAGGACCUACUCGAAGGUUUGGAAGACGGAGAAGAGGAAAUUCAAGAAAGCGACUUUGAUGAAGGCUUAGACUCAGAAAGUCUGGUUCUCCCUGCGCAUGAGAAGCACAGUGCUAUAGAGGGGAGUGGCUACCUGGACAAUCUCGAAGUGGAAACCGAGGUCAUCGAACGACUGAAACGAGAAGCAGAUGGAGCUUGGUCGAAAGAAGAAACCCGAAAGAUGAUGCAUCACUUGAAAGAACACGGAAUGAGUUCCUUCGUCAGAGAAUAUGUCAUCACUCAAAAUAUCCCAAUAGUGAAACUUCUUUUCGCUUUCGGGAUUUCCUUGUGCCCUGAAUUGCGGAAUAAGCAACCCCAAACAAUGCUCUAUUUUCUGCGGGUCGCGAUGUCUAAAGAGCUUCAACUCAGGGAAAAACUACCUCAGCAUAACACACUUGCGGACGCAGUUUCCCUGAUACAAGCCUCCAAGCGUGUGGUUGUGCUUACUGGCGCUGGCAUUAGCGUCUCAUGCGGUAUUCCGGACUUCAGGUCGCAUAAUGGCUUGUACGCAACGCUGAAGGAACGGGGGACCUAUGACCUUGAUGACCCUCAACAGAUGUUCGAUAUACACUAUUUUAGAGAAAACCCUGCCGUGUUCUACUCAUUUGCGAGCCAGAUAUAUCCGUCUAAUUUUAUACCUUCUCCUUGUCACCGAUUCAUCAAAGCCAUAGAAGACAGAGGCAAGCUUCUCCGGAACUACACCCAGAACAUUGACACACUAGAAACACUCACCGGAAUUACUCGCGUAUUGCAGUGUCAUGGAUCAUUCGCGACUGCUACGUGCAUCCAGUGCAGACGGCGUAUACCAGGGACCGAAAUUGAAAAAGAUAUCAUGGAACAUCGUGUCCCGUUCUGUACUGUGUGCUUAGUGGCCAAGAAGGAAGCGGAGGAAGUCCGCCAGGCUGCUUUCAGGAAAAAGGCCAAGAAGCGAGGUAGGAAGGAAUGGGAAGAGGGGAGUGAUGAAGAGGAAGAGGCAAUACCAGUUGGCGUGAUGAAGCCGGACAUCACUUUCUUUGGAGAGAAGCUCGCGGAUGACUUUGAACACGCUCUCGAGGACGAUCGAGAUAAAAUCGACUUGUUAAUCGUCAUCGGAACCUCACUGAAGGUCUCACCUGUAUCCGAAAUUCUGUCGCAUCUCCCGCAUUCUGUUCCCCAGAUUCUAAUCAACAAAACUCCUGUCCGGCAUAUCAAUCCUGAUGUUCGUUUACAGACCUCACUUCGGAUAUCGAUGGCACUAACCACCUGUUCGCAACGAUUAGAUUGUCCUUCUUGGUAAUGCAGAUGUCAUUGUUCAACACCUCUGCGAGCAGCUUUUAUGGGAGUUGCCACCACCAGUGGGGAAGCGCCUCGAGGUUCCGUCACUAGCGAGACCAGCAAAGCGCACCUCAGGUGAAAUGAUGGGCAAGAC